UACAUCAUGGCCGGACCGUGCAGUCGGUUUCAUGGCUGAUCCAGUGUCAACUUACACUGUAACGAAAUGUUGUUGAAGCGAUCGAGCUGUGGGUGUUUUACCUGUAAAAUGCUGCAGAGUCGAUUUCAACCACGACCUCAGAUAUGAUCCAACAAUGCAGGUUAACAUCUGUGUGUGUGGCUGCAGGUCCAGCCUGGUUCUGCUCCUCUGCCACCACAGCUGACUGACAGGGACCGACAGGAACAGUGCAGGUGAGCGGACAUCACGUUAGCAACAUGGUGAAUGGAGGAUUUGAUCGUAUUGCAAAGGAUGAACAGAGACAUUGAUAAUAAGGUUGUCUUCAACUCUCAUCACUACACUAUGAGACUAAUGGAGACUUAAGCUCACCGCUGGAUUACUCCAUUCAUAUUUGCUCCUGAGGGAAACUGGAAGGUAAACGCUAUUUGCCAUGCGUAUCAGUUUCUGCCAGGGCCUGUUAUCUGGCGCCAUCCUUCUCAACCUCCUCAUUCUCUACUAUGUGUCCCGGGCCCAGCAGCAAAUGAUGGAGAAGAGGAAGGAGCUUGGUAGGGGCACAAGGAGGGCCGCCCUCCCGGCCUCUGGUCUUGGGGGAGGCCUAGGGUUACUUGUAGGAGCCGGAGGUGAGCCCGGAGUGGCCGGGGGGGAGGGGCACAAUCGUGGCUCACGUGUGACUGUUCUUCUGCGGGAGUUUGAAAACUUUGAAAAUUACGUUGGGGAUGUGGCCAAUUCCUUCCUCCGCCAGAGACCUGAGCUUCCUUUCCUGGCUGUGGCGGACACGCCUCCGUACCCUCCCCUGGUGCUCUCAGAGGGGGCUCGGCUUCUUGUGCUCUCCCCCAGCCCAGACCAGCCUCCGCAAGCUCACAGGCCAGAGUUCCACGUCCAGACAGAGUUCGUUCUGCUGGUGCCUGACGGGGUGGAGCUCGAGCAGCCUCGGGCUAUAGAGAGGCUGAUCAGGGAGUUGGAGGGUGAGGGUGGGGGGCCAGUGAGGCUGGUGGCUGCACCUGUGCUGGCUCGAUCUGCCGUGCAGUGUCUCCACCUGCGGGUGAACCUCAGAGAGUGGACAGCUACCUACUCCCCAGCGGCGUCUGGGAGCAGUGGGAGUGUGUGCACGGCUUUACAAGGAGAUGCAGUUGUCCUCAUCCGCACUGAGGAUCUAUUUAACCUGUCCGUCCCUCUGGGGCGUCCCCUCUUUUCCUCCCUCUUCGUUCAGACUGCCUUGAGGGGCUGGAAGGUCAAGCUGCUGGAGAGCCCCUGUUUCUCCGCAAGCCACCGGCCCCUCUUCAGCUCCGCUCACAACCAGUGGAAGGCCGACACUCGACUGAAGGAGGCCACUGGAAAGCUCAUGAGGAGCUUUGGUCUCAAGCGUCUCCUGCUGUCUGACGGGAAGGAGCAGUGGUACGGCUGCAGCAAAGAGACGCCUCGUUGCUUUGGCACCGUACAGGAUGACACUCCCGACUACCUUUAUCUGGAUCGAUGGACUCCUCCCUGCUGCCUGCGAGCGCUCAGGGAAACCACCAAGUAUGUCAUCAAUAUCCUCGAGAGUUCGGGUGUGCGCUACUGGCUGGAGGGGGGGACUCUACUGGGCGCCAUUCGCCAUCAAGACGUCAUCCCGUGGGAUUACGACGUGGACCUGGGCAUUUACCUGGAGGACGUGCCCAACUGCGAUCACUUAAAAAACCUGGACUCAGGCUCUCUUGUGGAUGCUAACGGCUACGUGUGGGAGCGGGCGGUGGAGGGAGACUUCUACAGGGUCCAGUACAGCGAGGCCAACCACCUGCACGUUGACCUGUGGCCAUUCUAUUCACGCAACGGUGUGAUGACAAAGGACACGUGGACAGAGCACAAACAAGACGUGGAGUUCCCAGAGCACUUCCUGCAGCCGCUGAUCCCCAUGACCUUUGCUGGCAUCACUGCCUACGGCCCCAACAACCACCGGGCCUUCCUGGAGCUGAAGUUUGGAGAGGGGGUGAUCGAGAACCCCCAGUACCCCAACCCUUCAAAAAAGAGGCUGGACAGAAGCAAAUUAUGAGAGACUUAAUAUGUCGUACUGUAUUUGUUUGUUACAACCACUUGAAACUCAACAUCUUUUGUUUUUUUAAACAACCUGAAAGAUGAUACCUGAAGACACAUAUGGUGCCACAAUGACUGACUGACAACUGUAUCAACUGAAAACAGUAUAAUCACAAGUCUGAUGACAUAAGUAUCAUUGUUAUGUUUGUCGAAAAUAUACAAUACAGAAAAUAUGAGCUUUUACAUUGGCAAUUGUUUAUUUUCAUUAUUUCACGUUAUAUUUUGGGUUAUUUAUUUGUGUUUAUUAUUUAUUUUAAUAAAGUUUAUGGUUAAACUGUAUAAUUUAUUUGAUCGCAAGGGGUCAAUAACAAUAACAAUAAUUUAUAUAUAUAUCGGCCAAUAUAUCAUUAUCGGACAUUUUAUACUACUACUACAUCGUUCAGGCUCUUCUAUUAUCAGUAAAUACAUGUGAGGUCUAUGGUUGGAUUGUCUUUUCAUUCGUUGUGAGUGGCCAGUUUGUUGAGGGCAUGAACAUUUAAAAUCAUAUUCUAGGGCAUUGACAUCAUUUCCAUAAAGAGAAACCUCUGAACUACAUAGUGCACUAAAUCUGGACACGUUACACAGUGAGAUAUAAAUAUGACUGCUAUAAAGAUUCUAAUAUAAUAAUAUGUUUUUUUACGUUUCUUGACUGUUGCAUUAUUUUGCACUGAUUAACUAUAUUUUCAGUUUUGCUCUGUUAAUGAAUGAUUGUUAUUUGAAUGCUGUGUUGGUACCGGACAGCUAUAGUGCGGUGGGUAAGUUAACCUGUGGUGAAACUGAAACACACCCAUACAUCCUGUUAUCGUUGGCAUAUGGGGUGUCUGACAUGUUGCCCCAUUCUGUGACCGAAUUUGUAAAUCAGUGUUGACACUUUGCUCAGUUAUGGGUGUACUACUGAGCAUGUAUAAUGUAUCGACUGAAAUAGAAUUUUAAUUCAUGGAAAUAUUCAAAUAAAAAAUUUAAAAAUAAA